AUUCUUCAUUAUCAGCUCUGAAUGUGUGUGGUGUGUGUGUUUGCUGCAGUUACAGGCGUCUAAAGCAGCUAUCAGUGUGUGUGAGUGUGUGAUCAUGACAGGAGAAGAUUUUCCAGGGUGUGUGAGUGAGAGAUAGAGAGCAUGUGUGAGUGUACUAUAGAAUAGCUUUUAUUAUUUUUUUUAGUCUUUAUGUGCUACUAGUGAUUUUGGAUUUCUGUGGGACACUUUAUGAGGUGUGUGAGUGUGUGUGAGGAGUGUGUAAGUGUGUGUGUGGUGCCAUGGCGGGGGACAGCGUGGAGGAGACCCCUGAUCUGAAGGAUAUGGAUGAAGAGGAGCUGUGGGAUCUGAUUAAUGAUAACAGGCAUGCUAUCUCUCUGGGCGUGCGGCCCUGCGUUCUCAUCCCCUACCUGCGGCAGGUACGCGUGCUGACCGAUCUGGACGAGGACGAAAUCCUCACCUGCCUAAAGUUUAACAACCGCAGCAUGAGGACCAGCCACAUGCUGGACAUUCUGCGCAUGCAGGGCCGAAAUGGAGCUGUUGCUCUUCUGGACAGUCUGAUGAUCCACUACCCCAAUCUGUAUACACAGGUCACUGGCCGCAAGCCCAGCACUGAACCAUCAGGCUUCAGCGGAUUAAUAAAGUAUUCAGAGCUGACGGAGUAUCUGGUGCGGGCGGUGACAGGAAUGCAGAAGGAGCUUCAGGAAGCCCGCGAGGAGGCCGCACAGUUACGCUCGCGCUGCUGCGGCCUGCAGGGGGAGCUGUCUCAGGCUGUGACCCAGGGGCAGGAUAACACACGCCUCCACGCAGAAAACGCACGCUUGCGUACACAUCUUGCAGGCCUGCACAGAGACCUGCUGCAGGUGAAGGAUGAGAAAUGUGAUCUGUAUGUGAGAUACGCUGCAGCGGUAGAAGAGAAAUCUGCAGUAAACAUCCGAUGCAGAGACUUUAACCUGCAGCUGUAUCAGUUACAGUGUGAGCUAAGGAAGGCUCAGACUGAGACGGAUUUCCAGAGACAGCGUAGUCUGAGGACUGUUUCUCACACUGAAACGCAGCAGCUGCGGGAGGAGCUCACCAUUCUGAGGAGGCAGCUGCUGGAGGCUGAGAAAAUCACACCGGCAUGUCAGGAUAUACUGGCGCAGGAUCUAAAGGAGGCAAGAGACCGCAGAUCUGAACUUGCCGAACAGCUGAGGAGACUUCACGAGGAAAACGAAGCACUAACAAGAGAGAGAGAUGAACUGGUGGAGGAGAAGGAUGUUUUGGCCCUGCAGGUUCAGAAGCUUUCUCUGGACUGUGAGAUGUACCAGCAGAAAAGCACUGUUUUCCAGAGCCAGCUGGGCGAGCUGCAGGCUGAGCGAGACCGAGCAUAUCUGGCCCGUGAUGAAGCGCAGGCUCAGAUUGCUUGUAGUUUGGCUGAGAAGGAUACUCUGAGGGGACAACUGGUGGAACUGCAGGAGAAAGUCUUCACUCUGAGGGCUUUUAACACACCGGGGGAGUGCAACAAGAGCAGAGAAAGACAGUAUAGCUGGGAGAGCAGCCAAGGGUCCAGUAGUGAAUGUCCCCCCUCCACCCCUCCGCCCCGUCCCAGACUGCGACGUAUGCAUGCUGUUCCACCUGCCAGCAGCAGCUUCCAAACCAGCAAGCAGCUCAGCGAUGAUGGCUUUAACAGUGUCCGCUCCAGUUUAGUAGAACCUCCUUGUUCAGAGUCUCUGCGUAGGAGAGAGAAGGACAUAGAUUUCAGUGACAACAGUCAGGAGAUGUCAGACGACUCAUCUUUCUGUCUGCUGGACGUGGAGAGCGAUUAUGUGUUAAUUUCUAAAGAUGAAAAUGACCCGAAGUCUUUAGCGUCUUCACCCUCACCUUCUUCCUACUGCAAGGCCAGCCCCUCCUUCUCCAACCCCAUUAAGAGGAGCCAGACUGAAAGAGUCUCCGAGGCUCCAGCUCCUCCGUUUCUGGUGCGUUCUCGGCACCAGGCUUUGCGCGUUACGGACCGUGCGCUUAGCUUUUCCUUCCAGGGUGAGGCGCUCCUGAGCCAGCUUCAGGUGAUCGGGGGAAACAAGACAGGUGUGUUUGUGCACCAGGUCACAGAGGGGUCGUCUGCACACAUCUCCGGCAUCAGCCCUGGGGCGCAGAUUCUGGAGGUGAAGUGUGAGAGGAAUCAGCGAGCUCUGAGGAUGGUUCUGGAAGACUCCACUAUGGAGGAGGCGCUUUGGGCGCUGGGGCAAGUGCAAGGCCCCUGCACCCUCUCACUCCGACCCAAACGAGACGCGUAUGAGAAUCUGCUGCAGCAGCUGAAGAAAGGAGAUGUAACGUCGGGAGACUCGUUCUACGUUCGAGUGAACAUGUCUCUGACGGGGAGCGCGGCCGGAGCCCUGGCCGUCACCUGCAAUGACAUUCUGCAUGUGACUGAUACACAUCACGGUCACGACGGCUCCUGGUGGGCCAGUCACGUUCACAGCUGUCAGCUGAUGGACCUGAAAAGUGGGAGCCUGCCUAAUUACUACAGAGCUCAGAGGGUGCUCAUUCGAGCAAUUGAGGACAUGUCCUUCCAGCAGAGAACUCAUAGAAAGGUGGAGCGAGCGCAGGCUCAGGGGAAGCAGAAGGCGGUACGAAUCGUCAGUACAGGCCGUCAGGGGAGGAAUCCGCUGUGGGUCAGUGUGGAGGAAGACAAUGAAAGCCAGACCAAGUCAAACAGUGAUGGCAGCACCCCUCGUAGCUGUGUUACCCUGAUGCCCUACACGCUGGUGACUCCCCACUACCCUCCCGUCUGCCGCCCAGUCCUUCUCCUGCCCACAGUCCUCGGCCGUGUCCUGCACAAACGCCUGGCGGAGCAGGACGGCUACCAGCUUUGUCAGCCAGAAACUCUGAGCGCCACUGAACACGCCUCUCGGGUACAGAAGGGGGAGGUGCUGGAGGAGUGUGACCCUAGUACACACAGCUGUUACACUGUACAGGGCGUGGAGAAGAUAAUGAAACGUGGCACUCACUGUGUACUGCCCCUGGGUCUGGACUGUGUGCGGCGUCUGCACCGAGCAGAAAUCUUCCCUAUUAUCAUCUUUGUGGCAUCUACAGAACGCAGCACACGCAGACUCAAACAGAAACUGCGUCAUAACUUUGUAACGGAGGCCCAGCUGCUGGAGUGCUCUCGUAGUGAGGAGCCGUUGCUGGAUAAGCUGCCCUGUCUGUACCGCACUGUUCCUCCUGAGAGCUGGAGCGACAGCGCCACUCUGCUGGACACCCUGCAGUAUGUGGUGGGAGACGAGCAAUCGAAGAUAGUUUGGGUUGAGCCUAAUCUGUGGUAACAAUGGCGUUAAAGAAACUGUCAAACUGUUACUGACAGGUUUUAUGGACUUCUAAACAUGAACAUUUGGAUUUAUGGUAUAAUUCCAUACUGCUACAUGGGGUCAGAAAAAGCAUUUGACUAACUGUAUUACUGUCCUCCAGUCUGGUGGAGGUUUCUGCAGUGCUAUGUACUGCACAAAUAGUGAAUAACUAACCCAGGUAAUUGGCAUGGUUGGUUAAUUAUCGACAUGAGGAUAAUAAGAAUUAUGUUUGUUUAGUAAAAGUUACAAUAUCAGGAUUGCCAGUCUAACUAACUAACCAAUCAUUGUCAAAAAUUACCUCAUCAAUACUGAAAGACACAAGAAAAGGUGCUACAGUUUUAGGUGCUGAAUAAUCAGUAUGUUCCACUGUAAUGUGGGACAACAUUGAGGUACAAUGGUGGCUAUGUGCAGAUGUGCUUAAUUUAUGUUUUACUAAAACAAAGAUGAGUUCAUACCAUAUGUAUGCAGCAAGGUACUUCACUGACUAGUCUAGUGACACGAAAUAUUUGUAAUAUGCAUUAUUUGCAUAACUGAACUAUGUAAAUACAGUGUAUUGGUUGUAAUUUAUGCAUAAAUGUUUACAGAAAUUUGUCCUUUUUUGUCUUGAGUGGAUUUAUAUUACAGACCAAAAGGGUCCAAAAAUGUAAUAUAUAAUGUUUACUGUUUACUAAUUUGUUACCUUUGCUUAGCAACAGCCUCUCACACCUAACAUGACGUCUGAUUGAAAAACACUCAUGUGAGAAACGCAGAGAAACAAAUGGUUUCAUCAGCACACAGUAAUGUUAGGAAUGAGGAUGUAGUGUAGUGACUAUCCCUCAGAAUCCCCCUCACAUGUAGUCACUGUGAAGAGUGUGAAAGUUGAAUUUUUAUUAUACUGUACACUGUACAACAUACUAUACACAAAAAAAAGAACAUUCAGGCUCAGAACAUCUCCAAAACAUUUGGGGUGUUCCCAGUGGCACUAAAACCAGUAAGCCUGCGAAGGGUCAAGUUUACAAAGGAUGAACUUAUUCUAAUGGAAGUUCCACUUCACACAUUCACAACAGGACUUAAAGGAUCUGGUGCUAACAUCUUGGUUCCAGACACAUUCAGAGGUCUUGUGAGGUCCAUACCUUUACAGGUCAGAGCUGUUUUGUCAGCUCUUAAACCUAAAUGGUUUUAGACUAGAGGUUUCAUUGUUAAGGUUGAUAUGUACAUAUACAGUGCAGUUUGUUGUACUGCUUCUAUUACUAUGGUCACACUCCCGGAACACUGAUUUUAUGUUUGUUUGAUUUUAUUUUAAUGUUACAUAGUGUUUAUUACAGAUAGACACACUCACUGACCACAUACUUUGUUUACUUGGGUUUAUUCUAAUAUUAAAUACUGGUAGACACAAUUUGUUUGUCGUGAUGAAUAAAACUGAUAUAUUUGUAUGUCCAUUAUAUAUAGUUUGUAUAAGCUUUUUACAUGGAUGUACAGAAAAAUACUACAAUAAAAAAAUACUGUGUCUAUGAAUAAAAUGGAUGUUUAUCA